GUUGUGUCCACUGAAGUUAUUUGGCCAGCUACUAAUUCAGCCGGCCGCGGACAUUCCAAUAGACUAUUGUUCGCUGCCAUGGCCGAAUCACGAAGAGUUCAGCUGACCACGCUGUCCAGUAAUGUCCCCCUGCAGUCAGCAGUGGUGGUUAAACCAGAGUUUCCCCCUAAAGAGGCGUUCACCGUUACGCUAGUAGCUGCGUCUACCUCAACUUCCCGGGGCAGUCCAACCAAACAACCUGUGGCCACAUCUACCUCGUCUUCUCAGGGUAGUCCAACCAAACCGGUUAAAACAGAACGCUUUGUCCUGACGCUGUUUGAACCAGACCAGCAUAGUUGUCCUGAGUUCCACUACCCUGAACUUGUUUACAAAAAGAAGAGCGUUUUAGACAAAGAUGUACCGAACACUGAGAAGGAUGAACUUGAAGCUAUUGCCAGGAAAUUGGAGGAGAACUAUGGAGGUGGGAACAAGCGGAAGAAGGAUCGAAUUCAGGAUCUAGUUGAUAUAGGCUAUGGCUAUGACAAUGAAGACUCUUUCAUCGACAACUCUGAGGCAUAUGAUGAGUUGGUCCCAGCCUCUCUGAACACCAAGCUGGGAGGGUUCUAUGUCAACUCCGGACCGCUUCAGUUCCGCCAGGCCUCCGAUACUGAGACGGACGACGACUUCGUGACCAAGAACCAACAACCCAAGCCCCCUAAGAAACGCAGGAAGGAAGGGGGAGGAGUGAAGCUGAAGAAGAGGAAAGACGAUGGACAGGUGGCGACUGAAAACCCUACAGUGUCAAACACCGGUGUUCUACCUGACAAGAACAUGUGGGAGGAGAAACCGAAGAAGAAAAAGAAGAAGAAAAAUAAGCCUGCUGGUCCUCUGAGUGUCACAGACAUGUUGAGAAAGUUCCAGAAACAGAAAGACAAAGAGAAACUAAAAAGAGAGAAAGAGGGAGAGCAACAGAAGCUCUGUCUGGAGAAGAUCCAAGGAGCAUCUCCAAUGACUACACUACCCACAACCCCUCUUGUUUCUGCAGACCCUGCUGGUGGCGGGGCCAACAUGGCGGACCCUCUGCUCAGCUUAAUCGGAUCAACCAAUGACAGGGCGUUUCUCCAGGCAGCCAGCACUGUGGACUUUGACCUCGAUCUAGACACCCUAUUGGAUGCCUCCGCUGAGACGCUGGCCAAUCAGGUAGUCGUUGCCAUGACCUUAACCAAUCAGGAGGUCAACGCCAAGGCCUUGGCCUACAAGGAAGUGAACGGACUGAGUGGUGACCCCUCUGCUUCCACCCUGGAGAGCCACACCCAGAAACAGCUGACCCCCAUCGACCCUGUCCCUCAACCCCAGGACCAGAUUGACCUUGUCCCUGAAUUCAUCUCCAAGCUCCAGGCCCCAAAACCAUCUGCACAGCCCCAGCCACAGCCAGUCUCUGGCCCGCAGGUCCAGCCCCAUGCCCAGCCCACUCCCCUGCCUGAAGGUCUGUCACCAGCCAUGGAGAAGAGAAUUCAAGAUCUGGCCCUGGCUGCCAAGGGGUUGGAGGGAGAGUCAAAGGUCAAGUUCUUCACCCCAGAGGUCAACACUAUCCUGCUGGACAUUGAGCUGCAGUGCAGAGAUGUGAGCGGCCAGGUGCGUUCUAAGGUGUACACACACCUUGCCUCAUUCCUCCCCUGCAGCAGAGACACACUGCUUAAACGGGUCAAGAAACUCCUGCAAACACAGGAGGAGCCCCUCCAGAGGUUGAGGCAGGCGAUCAGCAAGGUGAUGCCGGAACAGAUCUCCAGUUACCACGACGACUGCCAGGCCCACGCCCAGGCCAGGGCCGCCAAGAUGGUGGAGGAGAGUAUAGAGCGAGAGCAGAAGGAGAACACGGGAUCAGAAGAGGAGGGAGAGGAGAGGAGUGGUAAACGAGUGGUGGGCCCCAGGAAGAAAUUCAGAUGGAAUGAAGAGAUCAGGGAGUGCCUGUGCAGUGCUGUUCGGGUGCGGAUGGACAGACUGGAAGCAGAGAAGGGGAACACGGAGACGGAGGAGUUCCUCAAAGCUUUCCUGGAUACAGAGGUCAAACCCCUCUGGCCUAAAGGGUGGAUGCAGCCCAGAGUGCUGCUAAAGGAGAGUAGAAGAGUCCACUGCCCCACUGCAUCUCUACAGCAAGUGAAGAGGAAGUUGACGUCAGAGAAGAAACGGUCCUACGGUGCUCCAACUCUUCCAGGGACCCCCAGCGGGCCUGUGGAGCCUCAGACUUUCCUGGGAGCUCAACCCCAGAACGGAUCACCUCUCCUGGGCUCGGGCGGAUCCGCAACCCCCCAGAAUCUAGAUGACUCUCUGGACCAGGGUCGCAUCCUCAAAUCCCCCUCUUUAGGGGUCGUGGGGGAGGAGCUAGCUGGGCUGAGUGGCGCGGCUGAUUUUGGUUUCCCCAUCGCAGUGUCGACUCCCUACGGUGAUUUCAAGCCUGUGUGUGUCGGCAUGUCAGCCAAUACCGACACACACCCUCAGCCGAACACUCACUCCCAGUCUCCUCUGACCGUGCUAGCUGACCAGGCGCAAGGCCAGAUCCACAAAGACUGCAUUUCCCAGGGGCACCUAGCAGUGACGCCGGACCUUUCACUCCAGAACGGCCGCCCUCCUCCUCCACCACCGAAGAAGAAGAAACGGAUAACCACAUUAUUCAAAGUUGACAGACAGGUUUCCGAGGAAACACUGAGCUUGCACACUCCAGGACACAAACCCACUCCGGGUCUUCCUGGAAUCCCUCUACUCCAUGCCCUGGGUUUCCCGCUCUCCGCCUUCGGACCAGGAACCAUGGGAACGCUGACCCAGUCACAACAUUCCAAAGACGCCCUGGUCACCGGAACGUUCCAUCACGGACUCACGCACAAUGGCAGCCAGCUGGUGGGAGAGGGAUCCGACGCUCAGAGAAAACUACACUGAUCCAAUCCUCGGACCGCCAACAUCUAAAAUGGACACCAGAAUGGACACAUGCAGUAAAAAAAAAUACUUUUGGGGAAAGUUUUAGGAACAUUUGGGAAACUUGUGAAAAGUAAUAAUCAGAAAACUGGAUGUAAAUGACUAUUAUUGAGCCUGGAAUAAUGAUCUUGGAAUGGACACCUAUAAUGCACUGGAUCUUUUUGAGCUCCUGCUGAACAGAUUUUUUUGAUAGAACAUUCCUCGUCAGCAAUGGGAUGGGGAAACACUUGGUACAGAUCUGCAUGUAUUACACUGGUUAGCACAGUGGUGUUUUGAAGAAUGUUGCACUUAAUGAAUUGAAUGUAUUGUUGCCAAAUGAAGUAAUAUUGAUAGUUUAUAUGGACAAUCAAAUCAUGUAACCACACUGGUAGCACUUUAUUAUAACACAUUGUAAUAAAGCAUUUAAAAUGGAA